AUGGCGCUGAGCUCCGAGUCUGUGAGCAGCACUCAUCAGUACGGUUGUGACAUGACCAUCCGAGUGAAAAACAUGUCGAAGGUCUACACGCGUGGAUGUACGAGCGAUAUGUAUGCCAAGUUCGUGAGUGAUGUUGCGUACAUACGAGCUAUGGCACAGCUGAACAUUCCCGCACAGGAGCAUUCUAACUAUUCAGUUGAAGUAACACAAACAAGGGUUGAAGUCAAAAACCCCGCUUUCGCGUUCAUUGAAUGUCGACUUCUGCAUGAACAGGAACAAGACCCGCAGUUCAUUUCACAAAGUCGUUGGAUGAAGUCCACAGUGCACAUGAAGCCUAAUUCGACGCAUAACUUUGGUUAUCUGUUCCAUGCAAGCAAAUACGAUCAAUAUAUUAUUGUGUUUAUUUCGCCACGAGACACAGUUACUCAUUUACAGUUCUUGUUGGUGAAAGUUGGUUGUAAUAAUACUGGCCAAGAACUCGUCGUGUACGGAUCUAAGAAGAAAUACAAUUUGUGCAGACUGGGUAAAGUCGGAAGAAGACUAGUCGCUAGAAUGGCAUAUGCGUUCAAUUCGACGUUCGUAAUAGCGGCUACACUGACAAAAUGGAGCGAUGGUUUUCAGGCGUCUGUUACUACAAAGCGUACAGUAGAACCGUCUGUCACAUACGACGAAUAG